GGGCGGGACGAACAUUGUCUAAAGCUUGAUGUUCAAUUUGAAGUGCUGGUUGAUAGCGAAAGAGUUGGUUUUAUAUCGCAAUAAAAAUGAGCAACGACCAGAGUGGAGAGCUAUUGCUUUUUGUGAAGGGGCCAGUCAUCAAAGGCGACAAGGAAUCAAAAUUUGGAGAGGAUAUAUUCAGUCAUCGUUUCAUGUUUAUGAUAGCAAGGAAAGAAAUCCCUAAUGCUAAGGUUGUGCCUGUUGACACAGUCUACAAGAAGGAUAUUCUAUUGAAGUAUGGUGUAGAAGAUCAGAGCUUGAAAUUACCGCUUCUAGUUCAUACCUACACGGCUGCUGGGGAUCGUAUACUCGUUGAUGAUCCACCACAAAUCGAGGCUUAUUUGGAAGAGAAAUUUAAACCGUUCUUACGAAGUAAAGAUCCAAAGGCCUACAAGGUCCAGCUAGAUGUAUUCCAGAAAUUUAUCUUCUACCUCAAAGCCAAAGGCGAUUCCGAAAAGCCAAAGUUGAAGCAGCUUCUUGACGAGUUAAGGAAAAUUGACCAGUUUCUUACGGAUAACGAGCGUCAAUUCCUAAGCGGCGAUGAAAUCACUAUUCCCGAUUGUCAACUGUUGCCCAAAUUAUUCUAUAUUCGUAUCGCAGGAAAAUAUUACAAAAAGUUUGAAAUACCGGACGAUCUUGCCGCGUUGAAGCGCUACAUCGAAGCAGGCGAUUUAGACGAGUCAUUCCAAGACUCGAAAUGUUCGGAGAAGGAGAUUGUCGAGGGUUUCAAACGGUAUGUGCAAUGAUGAUGAAAUUGAACAGAGCCACUUUGCGUUUAUUAGGAUGUUGUAGUGACAGUCGGAAGCUUUUCAUGGACAAUUACAAUACUAUUUAUUUGUAAAGACUAGGGAGACAUUUUAGCGUGGCUGCAGUAUUGCUGAACAUGAUGAAAUUUCGACAUUUACGCUCCUUUUUCAAUAUUUGUGGAAUGUUCGGAACUUUUUACAAAUUUUGAAAACGUUCGAUCGCGUGAUUGUUCUUCAAAAUGUUGCAAUUAGUUUGAGUGUGGAAUAUUCCACUGUUUUAAUUCUCUUACCGGUAAAUGUGUUUAUUUCUUAAAUUCCAUUAUUUUUGUGCAAUGGAUCUUCAUAGAUUAUUGAAAAAUUAUAUUAUAUAUGUAUAGAGAUAUCUCAUGUGUUUUAUAUUGAGGUAAAUUAGAAUUUUAAACCAGUUCAUAUUCGUUAUAUUGGUCAUUGCGAAUGACGCACAGUGUGAUUUAGUUUUUCAUACACAAUAUUUUGUUAAACAUGCCUUUUACAGUCAUAUGUGAUCAUACACGCACUACAUGUGGCUUUGGGCCAAAGGUUUAUUAGGAAAUGACAUAAUCAAAUCGGAAACAAUUUGCCCCCAUAAAGUUGUAUUGUACAUAUUGAUUGUUCACUGUUAGAAACCACGGCUUGUACAUAGUAAACAUUUGUAGGAAUUCCUUUAUAAGUUUUUAUAAGAAGCACAUCUAAAAGACAGCCAUUUGUUGAAUAACCAAAAGUAGUGAACUUCAAGCUUGUGUUCAGUUUAGUUGCUAUAAAUGUGUCCUGACAUUACCAGUAAGGAAUUCAGAGCUUGAAUUACAGUUUCACAAUUAUUAAACUAAUUAUAUGUAAUCAAUAUCUCUUGCAUUAAAUAAUAUAUACUGAGUUGAAUAAAAAUAUUGCUAGAUCAUGAGAUAUCCUAAUUAUGUGGUGUCUUAAUACAACAGCUGUUUGAUAUUGAAACUGUGUAGCCACCAGGACAUCGCUCAACUCCUGACUAUUCUGAUCUUGUUAGAUUUCAUGUAAAACUCAUUUACCAGGGAAUCUCAUAUCUGAUAAAAAAGCUUCCACCUAAAGAUUUCCC